AUGGAUAAAACAAACAGUAAAUUAACUAAUGAAUUAAAACAUGAUACCUUAAGUACGAUUCAAAAAAUCCCGUUUAUAAAUCAACAAAAACCAACUCCUCUUCACAAAGCUGUUGAUAAAUGUGAUGAAAAAUUGGUUUCUUAUUUACUAAAUAAAGGAAUAAAUGUUAAUGUUAAUAUUAUGUUUUGGGGGACAGCUUUGCAUGUGGCCGUAAAGAAGAAUAACUCAGAAAUAAUAAGCCAGUUAAUCAAUUACGGUGCCAAUAUAAACGAACGUCAACUACUAACUGGCUGGGCGCCAUUGCAUGUGGCUGUUCAGUACGACAACAAAAUGGCCGCUGAGCUGCUGAUCGAUAAAGGGGCUGAUGUAAAUGCAACUUGUACUUCCGAAUCCGGGUUGGAUUUUACACCGCUGCACAUUGCUGCUGAAAAAGGCAGUGAGAAGAUGGUUGAGUUACUUCUGAACAAAAUGGCUGACGUUAAUGCGCUGUCACAAGUCGACGGAACUCCACUUUUCAAAGCUGCCUACACAGGAAAUACUAAAAUAAUAAAGUUACUGUUGGCUUACGGAGCAGAAAUAGACUACAUCGUCACUAAAAGUCAAUACAUUAGUCAAACGGCUCUGCAUGCCGCCAUUUUGUCGAGAAAUCCAGAAGCUGUACGAUUACUGCUACGUUGUGGUAUCAAUAUUAGUCCUGUGAAUUUUGCUAAUGAAUCAAUUCUGCAUGUUGCCAUUUAUUCCCGUAAUAAAAAAAUUAUUCAAGACUUGUUGGAGUCCAGCAUUGACAUUAAUUUUGUUAAUAGUGAUAACAAAACUAUACUAGACUAUUAUAUUUUUGAUCAUUCAAUUAUCGAACAAAUAAAACAACAUAUAGUAAAACUCAAUGCGGCAAAUUUUUUUGUGAGCAAAAAAAAUUUAAUGGCUGUCGAAAAUAAAGAGUUUGAUUGUUUUAAAAAAAAGUGUUGCGAAGAAAUUGAGAUAAUGAGAAGUUAUAAAAUAGCUACGACGAAUCUUACGUUUUAUAAAAUAUUGCACGGUCGUUCUCAUGAGCUCAGUUUGUAUAUUAAACAUUUAAAUGCGAAUAUUAUAUUAGAUUGUGGAUUUGAAUCGAUGUUCCCGUUGUACGCUGGUAUGAUUGACUUUUUGAAAAAAACUGAAUCGACGUCUAGUGAAGCGGGCGAGAAUAUUGCUAGUGUUAAAGACAAAGAUAAUUUUAUUCAUUAUACGAUGCAUAGUUGUUAA